AUGGCUACAAACUUCAAAUCACUACUACCAAUCAUCGAUGUCAGCCCUUUGCUGCUCAAAUGUGAUGAUUUCGACAUGAUGGAGGAUGCCGGCGUGGCCGAGGUUGUCGGAAAACUAGACCGGGCUUGUCGGGAUGUCGGAUUCUUCUACGUGAUUGGUCAUGGAAUUUCGGAAGAUCUUAUAAAGAAUGUUAAAGAGGUGACGCAUCAAUUCUUCCAGCUUCCAUAUGAGGAGAAACUUAAGAUCAAGAUUACUGCAGCUGCUGGAUACAGAGGAUAUCAGAGAAUUGGAGUAAACUUUACGAGUGGGAAACAAGAUUUGCACGAAGCCAUUGAUUGUUACAGAGAGUUUAAUCAUGGGAUGUAUGGGGAAACUGGAAAGGUCUUGGAAGGGCCAAAUCAAUGGCCAAAGAAUCCUCAAGACUACAAGGAGUUAAUGGAUGAGUAUAUUAAGCUUUGCACAGAUCUUUCUAAGAAAAUCUUGAGGGGCAUUUCCUUAGCUCUUGGUGGAUCAUCUUAUGAGUUUGAGGGAAAAAUGGUUGGAGACCCUUUUUGGGUAAUGCGUAUUAUUGGUUAUCCAGGCGUAAAAGGAGAAAAUGAAAUUGGAUGUGGAGCUCACACUGACUAUGGUUUGUUGACACUAAUAAAUCAAGAUGAUGAUAAAACUGCUCUCCAAGUGAGAAACUUGGCCGGCGAUUGGAUAUCAGCUAUUCCAAUCCCUGGAUCAUUUAUUUGCAACAUCGGCGACAUGUUAAAGAUACUUUCAAACGGAAUAUACGAAUCCACACUUCAUAGAGUGAUUAAUAACUCUCCUCGAUACCGUGUAUGCGUCGCAUUCUUCUAUGAGACUAACUUUGACGCAGUGAUUGAGCCAUUGGAAAUCUUCAAAGAGAAGUACCCACAAAAUAAAAGAUUUCAAAAUUUCAAAAAGGUUGUCUAUGGAGAGCAUCUGAUCAACAAAGUCCAAACCACCUUUGCAAGUUUAAUGGAACACAAUUAA